AUGUCUAAUUUCAAACUAUCAGCUACAUUGGAAGGUCAUGAGCAGGAUGUGAAAGCCCUGGUAUCUCCUUUCAAUGAUACAAUUGUAUCUGCUUCUCGUGAUUCUACCGUUAAGGUAUGGACAAAGAAUAAUGGUGUCUGGAGCUCUAAAGUGAACUUCACAUCAACUGGGUUUGUCAAUGCUUUGACAUUUGAUGCAAAGGAAAACUUGGUAAUCUCUGGUGGUCAAGAUAAAUUGAUUAAUAUAACAGAUCUUUUCUCAUCAGGUGUUGAUGCUAAAUAUGUACUUAUUGGCCAUGAAAGUAAUGUAUGCAGUUUAGAUGCUUCAGAUGAUGAAAUUAUAAGUGGUAGUUGGGAUAGUACAGCUAAAGUUUGGGAAAACAAUCAAGAAAAAUACACUUUAAGUGGUCAUAAUGCAUCUGUUUGGGAUGUUAAGAUUUUAGGAGGAAACCGUUAUUUAACAUCAUCUGCUGAUAGAACUGUUAAAUUAUGGGAAGGUUCCAAAGAAAUUAAAUCAUUUAUUGGUCAUUCAGAUGUUGUAAGAGGACUUGCCUUACUACCAGAUGGAUCAGGAUUUGCAAGUACUUCAAAUGACGGUACGGUUAGAAUAUCCGAUUUUGAAGGAAAUUUAAUUCGUACUUUGGUUGGUCAUGAAAGUUUUGUUUAUUCAAUUAAAUUCUUAUCAAACGGUGAUAUUGUCACUUCAGGUGAAGAUAGAACAGUAAGAAUCUGGAGAAAUGGUCAAGCUAUCCAAGUUAUCACCUUGCCAUCAAUUUCAGUGUGGACUGUAUCGGUUCUUCCUAACGAUGAUAUUGUUACUGGUGGUUCAGAUAGUGUUGUUCGUAUUUUCACUAGAGAUGAAACACGCUUUGCAUCAAAGGAGGAAAUUGAAGAGUUUCAAAAAUCGGUUCAAGGUAGUAGUAUCAAUUCACAAACUGUUGAUGACUCUAAGACCGUUGGUCCUGAAGCAUUGGAUUUACCAGGAAAUAAAGAAGGUCAGGUUAUUAUGGUGAAAACUUUACAAGGGAUAGUGGAAGCACAUCAAUGGAGUGAAGGGAAAUGGAAUAAGAUUGGUGAAGUUGUUGGUGCUAGUUCAAGUGAUAAAAAGAAAGUUCAUAAUGGUGAAAAAUGGGAUUUCGUUUUCGAUGUUGAUGUGAAAGAUGGCGCACCACCUUUAAAACUUCCUUAUAACUCUAAUGAAAAUCCUUAUACAGCGGCUACUAGAUUUCUAGAAGCUAAUGAAUUACCAACAUCAUAUACUGAAGAGGUUGUUAAUUUCAUAACUUCAAACACCCAAGGUGUCAAUAUAAAUCAAGCAUCCGAUGUUCAUAAUCCUUAUGUUGAUCAAAAGGUCAAAGUUGUUCCACAUACUGAAUAUUUGGGAUUUACAAGUAAUAAUGCUGGUCCAUUGUUCAAAGGUAUCCAAAAGUUCAAUCUUGAUGAGAAAACUUUUAGUGAUGAUCAAUUGAGUAAAAUCGAAAAAAGUUUAAGCUCGAAUGAUCUUAAGUUCUUAUUAUCUGUUGCUACUACAAUUAUAGACUCAUGGAAAAAGCCAUUACCAGGCUAUGAUUUACUGAGAUUAAUUAUUUCAAAGAUUGGUAAUCCAGCACCUUCAACAUUAAAUGAUGUUAUUAAUAAAGGGUUAAAUACAUCUGAUCCAGCUAUUUAUUUUAUGACUUUAAGAUUAUUGAGUAAUGUGUUUUCAAAUAAGACAUGGGGUGAAACACUUGCUACGGACUCCAAGACCAUCUCAACUGUUGUUAAUCAUGUGGCUUUUGAUAUAACAUCUGAACCAAAACAUACAGUUAAUAUUUCAAAUGCAUUAUCUACUGUUUUAUUGAAUUAUUCAGUUUACGCAAGUAAAUACAAAUCAACCAAUGUUGCUGAAAAAAUUGUCAAAGUUGUUAAAGAAGCCAGCUCAAAAAUUACCUCUGUAUCUUCAGAAGCUGCUUAUAGAUUGAGUAUUUCAUAUGGUAACUUGAUCUAUACAAAGAGAAACUUGAAAAAUUCAGAAUUUGAGCAAUUUAAGAAGGUGAUUUUGAACUCACACACUGAACAGAGAUUCUUGGAUGCAUUAUCCGAUAUUGAAGAGUUAUAA